GAGGCUGUUGAUUCUUCGCGAAUAUAAGGAGUUUUCAAGUUGGCUUAUCUUGCGAACAUUCCAGUCUACGUAUAACAUUAAGCUCGUUACAGCUGAUGGACCGUAGGCAGGCACACACAAGUACGUCAUUGAUCGAGUUUCAAACGGGAAAUCAAGGCGAGGGCUACUUUCGUUUACAGCGAAAGACUCAGUGUGUACAUUCCGUAGUUUUGAGAAAGAAGUGUCCGGCCACAAAUUCCACUUUAGGAUCGUAUUUGAUUUGGAUAUCGCUGUAAGGAUGUCACUCUAUCCAUCCCUGGAGGACCUCAAGGUGGACAAGGUUCUGAAGGCUCAGGCUCAGCUUGCUCAGGCCCCCUCGGUCCCAGCCAUCGCAGAAGGGGCCUAUCAGCCGGAGAAUGCCGAGCCAGGGCCCGCAGAAUCAGGUCUCUACCCAAACCUCCAGGAUCUGGGAGACUACAUGGGCCUGAGCCUCAACAGUGAGGAGGUGCAGAAGAACCUGGCUCUCGUGCCUGUUUCAGACAGUCAGGUGGCGGUGUCCUCCAGCCUGGGGGCCAUGGUGCGGCCGGUGACGGGGGCUGACAUCGGGGUGCGCAGGGCCGAGAUUCGGCCAGGACUCCGCGAAGUCAUCCUCUGCAAGGACCAGGACGGGAAGGUCGGGCUGAGGCUGCGGGCCAUCGACAACGGAGUGUUCAUCCAGCUGGUCCAGGCUAACUCCCCUGCUGCGCUGGCUGGCCUGCGCUUCGGGGACCAGGUCCUGCAGAUUAACGGACAGAACUGUGCGGGCUGGAGCCUGGACAAGGCCCACAAGGCCCUGAAGGUCGCCGCCGAAUAUCGCAUCGAGCUCAUCGUCAGGGACAGGCCGUUCCAGCGCACCAUCACCAUGCACAAGGACAGCUCUGGGCACGUGGGCUUCAUCUUUAAGUCAGGCCGCAUCACCUCCCUGGUGAAGGACGGCUCCGCCGCUCGCAACGGCCUGCUGACCGAGCACUACAUCUGUGAGAUCAACGGGCAGAACGUCAUCGGGCUGAAGGACUCCCAGAUUAAGGACAUCCUGACCACCUCCCCAACUACCAUGACCAUUACCAUCAUGCCCAAGUUCAUCUAUGAGCACAUGGUGAAGAGAAUGUCCAGUGGUCUCCUGAGGUCAGCGAUGGACCACUCUGUGCCUGAGGUGUGAGAAAGCGGGCAGAACUGGUCCCUCUGGGGGUUCCUCUCUGGCCAUUUCAACGGGGCUUCUAUUUCACUGGAGAUCUCUCCCUGUACUGAAACACUUCCUUUAGCACAAUCAUCGCCAUCAUCACCAUAACAGAAGUUGCCUCUUUCUAUUGUAGCUCCAAGUUCUUGUGCUUAUUUCUUGUUGAUUAUUCUUUGUCAUUUUUUAUAUAAUCUGUCAUUAUAGCCAAGUAUACCAUCAUGUCUUUUUUUUACUUGACUGUGCACCUUUUUUAAUUCAUGUGUCCUGACCUUGCUUGGCCUUAGUCCAUAGCUUUGGCAUUGUAUCAUUCCGUCAAUCUGCAGGACCAGUGCUGUAAAAGUGAAUAACCAACUGGGGUAACCGUAAAGUAAGAGUUCUGUCAUAUUCUUGUCAAGAUCUGAUUGACAGUUCCUGGAGUAACUGAAGUGUCCUUGGGUCCUUCAAUGUAAGUGCAUUAUCUGUCAACUGCCCCUUUGAUCACAGGUCAGAGUGAGGCUUCUUUACAUUAAAGGGCACUAGGUGUUCCAGAAACGUUUUAAUGUUUUUAUAAUGAAGUUCUAAGCUUUCUCAGAGGAAAGUCUCAUGCAGGAGAAGUGUACAAAGCAUGUGAUGUACAUGGUUCCUACAAAUCUGCGUUUAGCAAAACAACUUUUCUCCAGGUAAUUGUUUUUUCAAAUAGCCAAAGGUGCCCUUUAAGAUUCAGAUGUAAGUGAUAAAAACUGAUUUAAAUAAUAUUGGCUCAGUGUCCCAGAAAACUAUUGUUGGUAGCAUAUUCUUGUUUUAAAGUGCGAUUUAGGUAUAUAUUCUUUGACAGCUAUUGCAGUCGUCAAGUAAAAUUUUAGAGCUUACAAAAAUGUGGAUAUGACUUCAAAAUAAUUAUAAGAAUAAAAGAACCUUCUGGUAA